GAUAAAAUGAAUAAUGCAUUUGAUCCUAGCGUGUUGUUUUACAGCAGGCGAAAAAAACAGAAGGUUGAUUGAGAGCAAGGCUGACAUGAGAUCGAACGAGACUGGAGUCCUCGGCCUCCUGGACUGUGAGCGGUGUCUAUAAGACAUUCUGAGUUCUUAGAGCGGGGGAACAUCACUUUGGAUUGAUCUCGAUUCGGCAAAUCUUCUAGCACGUUUAGUCUUCAGCCAUGUUGACGAAAGAAGGGUUCCAAUGGACGGAAAAAGAGGGCCUCGUGGCUGGAAUUCCUUGUCUCGGAGCAAUCCAACCAGCAAGCAAUGUUCGAAGUGAUCGAACCCUCUACGAUGUCAUCGUAAUCGGUGCCGGGUACGCUGGUCUCACCGCAGCUAGGGAUCUGAGCACAACCGGUCAUGAAGUUUUGCUUCUAGAAGCUCGUGAUCGCAUUGGUGGCAGAACGUGGUCAAGCAAUCUGGGAGGCUAUCCUUUCGAAAUGGGCGGUACAUGGGUUCACUGGUUCCAGCCGUUUGUAUAUCGCGAGAUAGCUCGCUAUGGGAUGGCAAAGGACUUGGAGAGCUCUCAUGACUUCGAAAAGGGCCUGAAUUGUCAUGAAGUCAUCACGCCCGGUUGUCGCAAAGCAAUGAGUCACGAUCAGGAGGUCGCGAUUAUGGAGUCGGCGCUCAAAAAGUUCGUAAAUGUCGACGGCGACUAUGGAAGAAAACUUGUCCCUUUUCCUCAUGAUCCACAUUACAAUCCUGAGGUCUUUAAAUUUGAUCAAAUGUCUUUUGCCGAUCGAUUCAAAGAAAUCGAGGAAGAGCUGACACCUCUGGAGAGAGCGAACUUUGAAGGAUUCCUCAGCAUCACUUCCGGAGGAACGAUGGAGGAAAGUAGUUUUUUUGAAUUUAUUAGGUGGUGGGCCCUGAACAAUUACGACAUCCGUAAUUUUUUUGAACUGUGUUUGACAUUUAAGUUUCGAUCUGGACAAUCCGCAUUCGCCCGAAAAUUCUUCGAUGAAGCGUCUUCAACAGGAAGGAUGUCGUGGCAGUUCAACACGCCCGUUGCUGCGAUUGAGAACACAAGGACUUCGGUAACCGUUACCACGCGAGCCGGGCAGCAAUAUCGAGCGCGGAGAGCUGUGUGCACAGUUCCACUCAACGUCCUGCACAAAAUAAACUUCUCGCCUGCUCUUUCUUCAGCGAAAUUAAAGGCUUCGAAGACUGGUCACUGCAACAAGGUGUCCAAAGUCCACGUCGAAUGCAAAAAUCCUGAGCUGAGAUCAUUCUCGGCAACGGCUUUUCCACACAAUAAGCUGACAUACACAUUUGGAGAUGGGACUACCCCUGCAGGUAACACACAUCUAGUUGCCUUUGGUAGCUCGUUGCCAGGUGUUCAGUUGAAUCCAGAGGAAAAAAUCGAAGAUACAAUUGAAGCGUUUCAAGAAUUUGCUCCAAUGGACGUAAAACGACUGGUGUUCCACAAUUGGACUAAGGAUGAAUUCGCUGAUGGGGCUUGGGAAUUCCUGAAGCCGGACAUGAUCAAGUACCUUGAUGCCCUCAGAGAACGACAAGGCAACACGAUAUUUGCGAGCGCGGAUUGGGCUUUGGGCUGGAGAGGUUUCAUCGACGGAGCAAUUGAAGACGGUACCAGAGCGGCUAUGGAAAUUAAGACAGAAUUAGCCGAUAGACUGGUAAAGCUAUAGUUGUUUCCAUGUGAUAUACUGAUACGUAUGGAGUCAAUAGAACUUUGCAGUGUACAACUUGGGCCUUAUUCUCAGACAUUCUGAUUCGGAUCGAGCUUUGGGAGACCAAAAAUGCCAAUUCGAAUCGUUCCAUUUACUGUUAAAUUGACGCUUCGUAAUGUCACUUGAGUAUCUAUUAGUUUAGUGCGAGCGUAAUGCUGAAAAAAAGAACACAAUUUUUGUGUUGAUGUAG